ACAAGGUAUUUAUGUAGAUCCCUCCAAGAUCAGUGCGAUUAAGGAUUGGGAUACGCCUACUACUCCUACUGAGGUUCCUUGUGGAUGGUGACAUAGUACUUGCUGAUUCUUUUGCAAUCAUAUUGGUUAGUAACUUCCUCAUGGAAAUGCUGUAUUUGUAUUCCCAAGCUUUUUUAUUAUUCAAUUCAUAUGAUACAGUACCUUGAAGAGAAGUACCCUCAGCAUCCUUUGUUACCUCGUGACCUUGCCAAAAAGGCAAUAAAUUAUCAGGCUGCAAAUAUUGUUGCUUCGAGCAUACAACCUCUUCUAGCAUUACCUGUUAUGAACUAUAUUGGAGAAAAUGUUGGUGAAGAUGCAAAAAUUCAAUUGGUUUAUAAGAAUGUUGUAAAAGGCUUUGCUGGUAAGUCGUUACUUGACUUUCUUUCCAGCCAUUGAUGAAGGUUUAAAAAUAAAAAAUGAACUAAAAGUUGUGACCUGUAAAUUGCAAGUAUAAAGUUAGAAAGUUUUAUAAAUCUCAAUAGCUAUGUUUCUAUCUAUGUAUAUAUAUAUAUAUAUCAAAUAAACAUUAUUGUAUGAUUGGUCAGUAGGUAUUAAACAGUUAUUUCAUAUGCACAAAGUCAAAAGGAAAAUGCAGAACAAUACUGAACACAAUAUCAUUGAAAGAUAUGUGAACUUGUAGCGAAGAACGAUCUUCGGUAGUUAUAUAUAACUACAUCAGAAAUAUGUUACGGCUGUACAUUUUUGUGAAAAUAAUAUCAUGAAUUUUUAUUUCAAACGUUGGAACUGAUAGUAAGACUAGCUUUAUCAUGUUACCACUGUACUGUUAUUAAUCUAAAUUAUAAGAGGUUUGCCUGAUUGAUGUAAACUA